AUGCUGCGUCCCCGGUGGCUGGUUGUCGCACUGGCUUUCCAGUCGGCCUGGGGUAGUAGCCUUCCGCAAGAGGAACAAUGCGUGACCGCCGUUUAUUCCACAUACAACUACAUCACCUUUGCGGGAACCCCGGCAGGCGGGCUGUGGGACACACGAUGUCAAAAUCCCCUCAAGGUGGCCUCCAUCUAUGCAGCCUCGGAGACCUACUGUCGCGACAGUGAGCGCGCUGCAGGUCUAGCGCAGCUGGCAUCCUUCUGUGAAGAGUUCGGCCACGUCGAACUACUGCCACGAGACGCCGUCGCUGAGAACUUGACUGAAGAUGCUAUCCGAAAUAUGCGCAUAGUUGACUACCUUGAACUCUCUCGUGGCGACCCGGUGGAGACGCCGGUUCUUAUUUCCGCCUCAUAUUUCAACGUGAUGUUUAACACACUAGAUUCGUGGCAAUAUGUAUCCUGGUCGCAUCAUGCAUUUGGAUACAUUGGCUAUGCCUAUUGGGCUGCAAUCUUGUUCCUAGGCAUGGCGUCUCACCUUUACAGUCGCAUGAUCCGUUCUCGCAAGGCCCGGGCGGAACGUGAAGUAGAGUCUAAUACCUACCCCACGACAAGCACCAGCUCCCUUAACCGACGGGGACGGAAGUUGCUUGGAUGUACCUUUACAAAUCGAGGGGAGGCACUCGUGGUGGUCGGCUUUUGGCUCUUGAGUACUGUGCUGAGUGUAGUUGGUUACCGAACUUUCCCAGGAAACAUCUAUUGGCCAAACCCGACCGACCAGAUUCUUCGGUACUCCGCAGAUCGAACGGGUGUCAUGUCGUUUGUCAAUUUCCCUUUAAUGUGGCUCUUCGGAGGUCGCAAUAACAUCCUCAUGUGGGCUACCGGGUGGAGCUUUGCGACAUUCAAUAUCUACCAUCGCCAUGUGGCCCGGGUUGCUACGCUGCAAGGGGUGGCACACUCAAUCAUCUACGUUGUGAUAUACAUUCGAGCAAAUAAGCUUUGGAAAGGGCUGUCCAAGGUCUAUGUACUCUGGGGUAUUCUGGCUUUCGUCGUGAUGAUUUUAUUGCUGAUCACCUCUCUUGACCGCAUUCGAUUUGCCACUUACGAGAUAUUUCUGAUCACCCACAUCUUGUUAUCCGUGUUAACACUAGUUGGGUGCUUUUACCACUCAAUCGUAUUUGAAGGGCAUGAAUACUGGCAAUAUCUCUGGCCCGCCGUUGGAGUAUGGGUUCUCGAUCGGGGUCUAAGGAUAAUCAGGCUUGUCUAUUGCAACAUUCAUAUCGGUAUUACCGGACGCAACAAAGUCCAGAUGACUCGCAGUCAAAACCAAGAUGAAUUUCAGGAAACUGCAGAGAAAACAAAUGUCACGGGGAUGAAUUUGAUUUUUUGGAUUCGACCAUAUGAUGGAUGGACGCAGAAGUUGCGCCAGGAAUGUCUUCGCUCCAAAGAUCAGAUUCUGGAUACCACAAUCCUGCUCGAAGGACCAUACGGGCAUAAUUUCCCGCUGUGGAGAUAUGAGUCUGUGCUCUUGAUUAUUGGUGGGACAGGGAUCGCAUCUGCGGUCCCGUAUAUCCAAGAUCACAUCCGGCGCUCAGCAGGCGGAGGGGAGAUCUCGGAGGAGGAAACUCGAAUACGAGAUAUUGAGUUGGUCUGGACCGCCCGCCAAACAGCAUUUCUCCAUGAUGUUGCCUCCCGCGAGCUUUUGCCUGCUUUGGGUCGUGAAGACUUUCAGGCAUCUUUCUAUGCGACUGGAGUCUCCGCAGCGCCUCCCCGCCGUGACCUUGCGGGCUUAGGGUGCGAGAUCAGCACUGGUCGUCCCCAUAUCCAAUCUUUGAUCAUGAGCCGAGCUUGUGAUGCCUCUGCAGCUGGCUCCACGCUGGCAAUUCUCGUGUGUGGACCGGCAGGAAUGGCCGACGAGGCUCGUGCCGCAACCCAUCUCGCGAUGCGGCAAGGCUACCGGUCGAUCAAGUACGUUGAGGAAUCCUUCGCAUGGUAG